AUGAAUAAUAAAAGUAUGUCAUCUCGCAAUUGUUCAUCAUCUAGUGAUAUUUCCCAAUCAAUCAAGUAUCCACGAUUUGAUAAUAUCCAGUUGAAGUGUCUACCAGUUGAUAAUGGUCCAAAUACUAUCCGUUCUGUACCAAAUGCUUGUUUUGCACGCGUUAAUCCAACAGGGGUGGAUAAUCCCCGCUUAGUUGUUUUAUCGCCUGAUGUACUGAAUCUUUUAGACUUAGAAAAUAAUAAAUCUGAAGAAAGAAAUUCAUUAGUUGAAUAUUUAUCGGGUAACAAACUAUGGCCUGGUAGUGAUCCUUCAUCUCAUUGUUAUUGUGGAUAUCAAUUUGGAAGUUUUGCUGGUCAACUUGGCGAUGGUGCUGCGAUUUCUUUAGGAGAAGUGGUCAAUCAAAAGGGUGAACGUUGGGAGUUACAGUUGAAAGGAUCAGGUUUAACUCCAUUUUCUCGACUAGGCGAUGGACGGAAAGUGUUACGCUCUAGUUUGCGAGAAUUUCUUUGUUCCGAGGCUAUGCAUUAUUUAGGUAUACCAACAACACGAGCUGGAUCGGUUAUUACUUCUGAUACUAUGGUUGAGCGUGAUAUUUUCUAUACGGGGGAUAAUAUUCUUGAACGAGCCAGUAUAACUAGUCGAGUGGCUCAAACAUUUAUAAGGUUUGGCUCUUUUGAAAUAACAAAACCACAAGAUCCAAUUACUGGACGUUAUGGACCAAGUUUUGGUAAUUUGGAAAUUGUAUCCCAGCUUACAAAUUAUGUAAUUCAACAGUUUUAUCCCCAUAUUUGGGAAAAGUAUUCACUUUCAAAUUAUGAUGACACGGUUGAUUGUUAUGUGGAAUUUUUUAAAGAAGUUGUUCAACGUACAGCAAAUUUAGUAGCACUUUGGCAAACUGUUGGAUUCUGUCAUGGUGUGUUGAAUACAGAUAAUAUGAGUAUUAUAGGCCUGACAAUUGACUAUGGACCAUUUGGUUUUAUUGAUCAGUUCACAUGGGAUCAUAUCUGUAAUACCUCGGAUCCAGAUGGACGAUAUGCUUAUGCACAACAACCAGUUAUUUGUCUAUGGAAUUGUACACGUUUAGCUGAAUGUUUAUAUCAAGCCUUGAUUGAUCAACAGAGAGUAUUGUCAUCUAAUGAAUCAGACAAAGAAUCUUUAUGCUUUGAUGAUUUGAAAAAGAAAUUUGUUAAUAUUUUACAGCAUGUAUAUAUGCCCUCAUUUGAAAAGACAUAUUUGGAAAGAAUGCGUAAAAAACUUGGUUUACUUCAUCCAGUUGAUCAAAUCGAUGCAGAUCUUGUUCAUAAUUUACUGAACACAAUGGAGAAAACAGGAGCUGAUUUUACAAAUACAUUUCUAGCUCUUGAAGACACUAUAUCACAAGCAUUUAAUAAAUACGGUGAUGCAUUAUUCAACAACACUGCCGAUAGCAAUGAGUGUCCUUUAGAAACAAAUCACCUAUUAGAAGAAUGCUGUUCAUUGUGUCAAUUACAAGAGACUUUUGAACCAAAGAAUACGGAAUUACACCGUCAACUAAUGACAAGAUUUGCUAGUAUGUCUCGAAGUAUGACUGAUAAACUGGAAGAAAAUAAAGUGUUAAAAAGUGGAGAUAGAGAGAAACUUUACAAAGAAAUAGAACAUCUUACUGAGACUGAAAAUCAAGAAAGAAAUGCACGUAUAUGGAAUAAUUGGCUGCAAGAGUAUGCCAAACGUUUGAAAAUUGAUCAUCAGAUGGACAAUAAUGAUGGUAAUAGUGAUAAUAACAAGAUGGAAUUUUCAGAACGUCUACGUCUAAUGAAAUCUGUAAAUCCUCGAAUUGUUUUACGUAAUCAUCUUGCCGAAGAAGCAAUUAAAUCAGCUGAAGAAGGCGAUUAUACUGUAGCUGAAAAGUUAUUCAAUGCAUUAAUUACACCUUAUGAAGAUGCUAAUUUCCCAUCGGAUGGUACACUUGGUCAGAGUUCAACGACUUGCAAAAGCAACAGAAUUCGUCCUCCUGAUUGGUCUCGUGGACUGCGUGUCUCGUGUUCCUCGUAA